CUCAAUACACUCAUCGCAAACUUCCUUACAGCGUUUUCGUUUUCUCAAUCCGUAUACGCUCAUUCUAUAAACAUGGUGUGGGAAUUUGGAAACAACGUUAACGUUUGGGGAGAUGUUAGGAGCUCAUCAGCCCCUCCAGUGGCUUCAUAUCAUCAUGCAAUGAUGCAUGAAAUUCAUGUCUUGCUUGUGGAUCAUGAAUCUGACGGCUUAGUUAACACUGUCAAACUGCUCGAACUGUGUCAGUACAGAGUAACUUUUGUCGAACUUGCUUCCGCUGCAAUAUCAAUGCUGCUAAGCGGAAAGACGAGAUUCGAUGUUGUAAUGGCAAACAUCAACUCUCCUGAUCUGCACGGCUUCAAAUUACUCCAACAUGCUGUCAGCUUGGGCUUACCAGUUGUUUUGAUGUCGGCUGAUGACAACACAUUCAUGGCCAUGAGGGCUCUGGAAAAUGGUGCAUUUCUCUAUAUCAAGAAACCGGCAACAAUGGAGAUGUUGAGGUGCCUAUGGCAACAUGUGCUAAGGGAGAAGACAAGGAUGAUAAGAGAGAGGGACAUAUUGGUGGGUGCCAAUCACGGCCAGGGAUCGCGAGGUCUUGAUGUUAAGGGAGUGGCAAUCAAUCACAGGACGGUAGAAAACCCUAAUGACAUCAUUGAAGGAAUGGUUGGGAUGCGGAACAAAGGCAAGUCCAAGAAGAAGUAUCGAGGAAUAAGAAUUGGUGUGGACGAGGAUGAAGAAUAUGAGUCCGAGAAUCAUAUGAUGAUGGGCGGGGACAAUAAUGUCAAGAGAAAAAUGUGCACAGAGUGGACUCUGGAACUCCAUGAAAAAUUUAUGGAUGCUGUUGAAGAAUUGGGCGAGGGAAGAUGUUUCCCCAAAGAGAUCUUAGAGAUAAUGAAUGUGCCGGGUUUGACAAGAAUGCAAGUUGCGAGCCAUCUUCAGAAAUGCCGUAACGACAACUGGCGAUCUCCUGAGGAGCGGAAGGCAUUCCAAGCCGCUCAUAACGGGUCUUCGAGUUCCGUAGGGCCUCAACCCAAGCCGAGAAGAUUCGGGUCGAAGCCCCAAUUGGGUAGGACCGUUCCAAAUCAGGUCCAGCAAGAGACUCGGGGAGCACAGCCAAGCCCCGAAACCCUUUCAGAAGCUGGAAUGUCACAGGGUGUGGGCGUUGUACCAGUCAUGGCUAACAAUACCAAUCAGCAGCAGUAUGGAACACCUGUGCCCGACCCAAAUGUGGAUUCCCUGAUCCAGAACUAUCCGGGUAUGCAGCAAGGAUCCGGGAUGAACAACCCGAACCCUGACCCAGAAACAUAUCAUACUAACCCGGUUUACCAAGAGCAGAAGUGUGGUGGUGGGGCAAGUGCGGAUAGGAAGAGGAGCAACUGGAGUUCGGAGACGUCAAACUUUGAGAGUGAUGAUUCAGAGAGCAGAGGCCAUCAUGAUGAGUAGUUGUUUAGGACUGGAUAUCCCAAAAACUUCAAUAAAUUAUAUGUAUGCAGAGCAGUGCACCCUGCAUAUAUACCCCCAAUUUCAAUAAUUGCACAACUAUUUGCUACUUUUGGUAUUGGUUGAAACUUUGAUGACGUGGUAUUUUCUUUUUUUAUUAUUAUUAUUAUCUUUAAUUAUGGAAGUGUUUUU